GGUACCUACAUACAUACAUCCAGUAUUGCUUGGGCAGGUACGGAUUAGAGUCCAUCUACCAUCUACAUCCCCGGAUACAUCUGCGAGGCUGUUGAGGCUGAAAUCUGGACCCACUGGACUUUUCGAGCCCCCCCACUAGCAACUAGCAGCCCACUGAACCUUGACGGCAUUUCAUCAAUUUUGGUGACUUAAGGUUGUUUGCGCCUGAACCCCUCCAUCUCCGUAUUCCCAUACGACGCGACCUAAGAGUAUUAUCCAUUAUAAACCUCAUUUCGCUCUUUCCCUUUCUGUCCCUUCCCGUCACGCGGACUUAACCGCCAGACUUAACGUCGCAUCGACUAUAAACCCAGCAGUUCUGUCAAGACUGCCCGACGUGGUCAUGAUGGACGAGUUCGCUUCCGAAUCUGAUAGUGACUACACUAGCUAUUGGCGAGAUUGGUUUAUAUCUUCGCGCGGAAACGAGUAUUUUUGCGAGAUUGACGAGGACUAUCUUACUGACCGCUUCAACCUGACUGGACUCAACACAGAAGUACAAUACUAUCAGUAUGCUCUCGAUCUUAUCACGGACGUAUUCGACCUCGACUGCGAUGACGACAUGAGGGAGACUAUUGAGAAAUCGGCCCGUCAUCUGUAUGGUUUAAUACAUGCUCGUUACAUUGUCACUACACGUGGCCUGGCGAAGAUGCUCGACAAAUACAAGAAAGCCGAUUUCGGUAAAUGUCCGCGAGUCUUCUGUCAUUCACACCCGCUCCUACCGAUGGGCCAGACCGAUAUCCCACAUCAGAAACCUGUGAAGCUCUAUUGCGUUCGAUGCGAAGAUGUCUACAACCCAAAGUCCUCACGACACGCUGCCAUCGACGGCGCGUAUUUCGGUACCUCGUUCCACAACAUCAUGUUUCAGGUCUACCCAGCGUUAGUCCCCCCGAAGAGCGUCGAGCGAUACAUACCCCGCGUCUACGGUUUCAAGGUACACGCCUCGGCCGCGUUGAUCCGUUGGCAAAAUACCCAGCGAGCAGACAUGCUCCGACGGUUACGAAAGCUGGAAAUAGAGAGCGGGUUUAAGGAAGACGUGGGCGAUGAGGAUCUCGAAGAAGAGGAGGAGGAGGAAGACGAUUUAGAGCUAGAUGGAAUGGAAGGUGAUGCCAUGCACGUUGUCGGUUAGGUUAUGGUUCUGACCGGAUAUUUUGUCUGAGCAUGACCACACUAUCAACAAUACGAGCGUAUACCGUAUCGGAGUUUAUUCGUACAAGAGUCACAAGGAAAUGCUCCGGUACCUACGGCCAAAUCAAAGCACGAAAUCCUUCUAUUUGUGUAGCACGAUGUCUUGUCCCAUGCCUUCAACAACGAUUUUAAUGUAAGGCACGAGUACAAAGUGGAGGGUAUAGGCGGUAUUCAUAAUCAAGAUGCAGAUUUGUUAUUAUGAUGGCGUUCGAGAAGGACUUGGUUGUCAUUCCACGGCGUUUUACAAGAUUCCCCCAGGAUACCUUUAAUAAAGUUCCUCACUAAUGAUAUUUCCCUGUACACGGAAUUCUCCCUUCGGAUAUAAUAUGUUAAGGUGAUAUCGAAGACGUUUCUCAAGGUUGCUAUGUCCACACGAUGGUAUAUCGGAUUUAUAUUGAUAACAUAUACGUAGUGCCCUGCGCCAUGGAUAAUAUGAUAACAAUUGAUAAAACCAAUAUAUAUCUAAGACGUAGC